UUCAAUCAAUCAAAAAGCUCAAAGUAGCAACACCAAAACCCAAAAGGCAACAUGGGCAGGGCUCCUUGCUGCGACAAAGCAAACGUGAAGAAAGGUCCAUGGUCACCAGAAGAAGACGCAAAGCUCAAGUCCUACAUAGAAAAACAUGGCACCGGCGGUAACUGGAUUGCUUUGCCACAAAAAAUCGGCCUGAAGCGAUGUGGAAAGAGUUGUCGUCUUAGGUGGCUAAACUAUCUUCGCCCUAAUCUGAAGCACGGUGGUUUCUCUGAAGAAGAAGACAACAUUAUUUGCAGCCUCUACGUCAGUAUUGGAAGCAGGUGGUCGGUGAUUGCAGCUCAAUUGCCAGGGAGAACCGAUAAUGACAUAAAGAACUACUGGAACACGAGGCUGAAAAAGAAGCUUCUGGGUAAGCACCGUAGAGAACCACGUAAUAGAGGCAACAAUUACAACAGUAUUAAGCAACAAAGCAUUGUUAAUAGAGGGAGUGAUGGUGAUUCUUCCUUAUCCUUGGUUCAGGAAAAUAAUACUACUUCUACUACUACAACUCAACAACCAUAUUGGCCACAGAAUAUGCCCGUGCUACCACUACCAGUACCAUUGCCAAACACAAACCAAGGUCCAUGUUUCAAUGACCAAGAUUCUAUUAAAAAAUUGCUUAUCAAACUCGGAGGGAGAUUUUAUGGUGAUUAUUACCAUCCUACCGUUGAUGGGAUGAAUCUUCAAUUCUCAAAUGGUGAACAAAUUGGUGAUCAAAUUUAUCAAGAACAAGUCCAUUUGGGCGCUUCGUCUUCUUCUGCUUGCAUUACUAGAGCCACGGUUAACAACAAUGAGUUUCAAUUUGCACAGAGUGAUCAAUACUUGGGGCAAGGACAAGGUAGUUUCACCUCAGGAAUUGAGGAAAUUAAUGGAUUUGAGUUCUUGUAUGGAGAGGGCAUGAUCGACCAUAAGAUAAUAGGCUCUACUACUACUGUUACUACUUGUAGCCAAAAUAAUACCAACUGGGGUGAAACUAGCACUCCCAUUUAUCAUCAUCCCCUUGCUUCCGAUUACCAAAGUCGUCAAGGUUUGAGGCAAGAGAGUGCUUUGCAAGAGUUCAGCUACCCCGGGGCUCAAUAA